GGACAGAUGAUCUAACGGAGGAAGAGAUAACAAGAUGCCAGCACAUAUUCGACAAGAAGGCGAUCGAUGGUCGCUUGGAUCUCAAGGGUUUUAAACUUGUUUUUCGAGUUCUCGGGGAAAUUGUAGCCUCGGAGGAGGCUGAGCUGAUGUUCGACACGGGAGACAGAGAUGAUGACAACACCAUAGACUUUGACGAAUUCUUGCGCCUCUACUCCAAGUACAGACAACAGGAGCAGGCCCGGAAAGAAGCCAUUCUGGAUUCAGUCGACAAAUUGUUUCUGUGUGGGCCUGGAGAUUUCAUAGAACUAAGGAAGGUACAGCAGUUGUUGCUGAAACUACAACAACCUGACCUGGACGCCAGGUUGGUCAGAGAGAAAAGUGACCUGGGAGUGGACGAGGUCAAGCGGCUGGUCAAGUCACUGGACAUAAAUGGCAGUGGGUGCAUUUCAAAACAAGAAUUUGUGAACAUCUUGUGUGAACAUCUAGACAUUUAG